AUCAAGUAGAAACCUUACUGCUUGAAGUGGCGAUUUUCUUACCACCCUCCCUCUUCUGUCAUCUGACACUUCACCAUGGUCCUGCCUCCAACUAACACCGUGCUUGAUGCCAUUGGCAACACACCCUGCGUCAGCCUCAAACACAUCGUCCCGGAAGGCUAUGCCAAUGUUUUUCUCAAGCUUGAGUAUUUCAACCCGACCGGCUCAUACAAAGACCGAAUGGCAAAGGCCAUGGUCGAGGAGGCUGAGAAAAGAGGCGACAUCAAAGCGGGGAUGACGGUGGUCGAAGCAAGCGGCGGAAGUACCGGGUCGUCAUUGGCGCUUGUCUGCGCAGCCAAGGGCCACAAAUGUCGUGUGGUAACUUCAAAUGCCUUUGCCACUGAAAAGCUCCAGACGAUGCGAGCUUUCGGCACCCAAGUCGACAUCAUCCAAAGUCCCUCCGGCAAAAUCCACGCUGAUCUCAUCCCAUCGAUGAUCCGACGAGUAACAGAAUACUCGAAAGAUCCUCAAGUUUACUGGACUGAUCAGUUCAAUAACCGCGAUGCUUUCAUGGGAUACCGGGUGCUGGGCUCAGAGCUGACAGACCAAUUCCCAAACGGGGUCGAUGCAUUCUGCGGCGCUGUUGGAACUGCCGGUAUGGCUAUGGGUGUCGCUGACGUUCUGAAAAGCCGUUGGCCUGAGUGUCGUGUCGCGAUUCUCGAACCCGCAUCGUCGCCUUGCAUUUCUGAAGGUCGAGCUGGAACCCACCAUAUUGAGGGUAUCGGAAUCGGGAUUGUCCCGCCACUUCUCAACGAGGAUUUGUACGACGAUGCUUGGGCUAUCGAGGAAGAGGAAGCUAGGGUAAUGUGCCGUCGGCUAGCCAGGGAGGAAGGUCUUUUGGUGGGAACUUCGACAGGGUUGAAUGUUGUCGGCGCUCUUAGACUUGCCAAGGAAUUGGGUUCGGGCAAGACGGUAAUUACAGUUGCUUGCGAUACAGGACUCAAGUACAUGAAUGGUGACUUGUUCGCUGAAACUUGAGACGGUCUAGGGUGGCCAGAAUAACGGGUAACUUUCUCCUUAUUGACGGGUCAUGCGAUCUCUGCUCUUCGCUGAAUAGCACGUUAUGACAAUCUAGUAGCGAGAAUUUAAUAAC